GUGCAUCAUCACUUGCCUUGAAGCCAAUAAAUUCGCUGCACGCUGAUUGGGCGGAGCGAAAAGUGCAACUAUCACGUGAUUUUUAGUUAGGUAAUAAAAGCCAAGGAUCGCCGGGCACUUGCAUUUCUGCGACGCCAGCUUCACGAGCGACUCUCCAUCCCAACUCUGCACCACGUAAAGUCCGGCUGGCUACAGGCCUCCAUCGUCAACUUCUCAUCAUCAACUGCCUGUCGUUUAACGCAGGUGUUCAACUCUCUGUGUGCCCAACUCUCUAUCCGGCUAGCCGCAGAGUGAGCUUUCCUUCACUUGCGCAGUUCUUACUGUAGGUAGACACAGUACGGGUAACUGCCAAUUGCUUUUAUCUUGCCACCUCAACAUAGAAACAUUGGCUCGCCCGCCCGCCACUCUGAUCACGCGCGGCUGUUGCAUAACUUUCGUCAUAGGAGCUUCGUGCGAUUUAACCUAUUGUACCACUCAUCCUGCUGGAAAGGCCGAGUACUGCCAGACCACCGACGUGUUCAUAUUGUGGUCCAGACUUUGUCGCUCAAGACCUGUAUCUCACAUUUGACCGACAAGCUUUUUGCUCUUCACCCAGCGGAGGUGUACCUCGCUAUCUAACAUAGCCAUGGCGGCCAUAGAGGAAAUCGGAUCGUUGCUGCACUCGCUGCUUUCACUGAAGCCCCCAGGCGUCACCAAGACCAAGGUUCAGGCUAUUACGGACAAGUGCAUCGAGAAUGUUCAGUCCGAUGCUGCCAUCGUCCAAAAGAUCGCCCAACAAUUCAAGAGCAAUCCUGCGAACUAUAAACUCGGUGUCCUUUACGUUGUAGACUCGGUGUCCCGUGCAUGGCUAGAUCGCGCUCGAAAGACAGGUCAGGCUGUCAUAAAGACUGCGGCUCCUGGCACAUUCGCUUCAGGCGUACAGCAGAUCACCGACGUGUUGCCAGGUCUAAUGACUGAGCUCGUUCAAUGCGCACCCGCCGAUCAGAAAGAGAAAAUCUCAAAGCUUUUGGAUAUCUGGGAGCGGAGUCAAACUUUCCCCCGUGAAAUGAUUGCAGGUUUCAAGCAACAAGUGGACAACCCCAAGACAAACACUCCUCCUGGUAGUCCACCGAAAUCUUUCAACAUACAAAACCAACAAGGUCUUGUUGGCCAAACUAACCCAUUCACUGUAGCUCCUGCUCAAGCUCCUGUUCCAGCGCCUCAAGAUGCCGGUGCUUUGCUUGCCGCGCUCGCGGGUUUUGCUCAACCACCUGUACAGACUAAUGCUAUGCCAGCAGCUCCACCAGUCCAGUCCUUCCCACAAGGCGCGGUUCCUCCACCCCCUCCAGCUUAUAUGCCUAACACACCAGUGGCUCCGCCAAGCGCUCCGCCCGCUUCUAUACCUGGUAUUGGUAACGUCAAUGAUCUUGUAGCACAAAUCCUUCAAGGCAUGCAAGCAGGCACAAUCAACGCCAUGCAGGGAGUUCAGGUAUUGAACGCACUGCACCAAGCACAAAACAGUGGGAUCCCUUUUGCGCCCUCUCAACCAGCAGCCGUAACACACACCCCACCCAUGAUGCAGAACGCUGCCCCACAGGAUCGUUACGAGCAGAGCAGUAAUAGGUAUCGGGAUCGCAGCCGAUCGCCCGACUAUAAUGGUCGACGGCGCUCCCCUGUGCGUAGAUCUCCACCAAACCGCCGGGAUAGUCCCACAUAUGGUGCUUACGACCCGAAUGCGGUUAACCAAGGCAACAAUGCAAACCGCCCAGACCGUGCUGAGCGGGGUCGUGGACGUGGUAAAAAUCGCGGCGGACGUAGUGACCGUAGUGAAUAUCGUCAGCGCACCCCCCCUGCACAGCGACGACAGAGUCCACCUGGUAAUUCAUCUCAGAAUGGCUCAUCAAAAUUUGUUGACUGGGACCCAAACUUGCCCCCUGAACACAUUAGAGUUCUUAGUCGCACACUGUUUGUCGGUGGCGCUGGUGGUACUGAGAGUGAGAUUCGAGCUAUCUUCAGUCGCUUUGGCAGAGUACAGACCUGUAUCGUAGCCUCGGAGAAGCGCCAUGCUUUCGUCAAGAUGAUGACUCGUCCCGAUGCGGUUGCUGCAAAGGACGGCAUGGAUGAAAUGCAUGAUCCAAAUACACUUUCAAAGGCUCGACAGACUCGUUGGGGUGUGGGUUUUGGCCCACGCGAUUGCAGUAAUUACGAUAACGGCAUCAGUGUGAUUCCCAUUUCCCGGUUGACGGACGCUGACCGUAAAUGGGUUGUGACGGCUGAGCAUGGCGGUACUGGCGGUCUUGAAUUACAGGGAGGUAUGGUGAUUGAGGAACCUGAUAUCGAGAUCGGAGCAGGUGUUUCCUCCAAAGCAAUCAGCCGUCGCGUUCCAGCUGAAGCUGGCCGGGGACGUGGUGGUCAUUCCCGUGGAGGUCGUGGUGGUGGCGGUGGACAUGAUAACGAGAGCCGCUUCCGUAAAGUAGAUCGCCCUCAAGUCCAGGCUCACGAAAUUCGCCACAUUGAACCUCGCCCGGAACCUCAAGUGGCUGUUCCUCCUGCCAUUCCUGGAUUUGGAUUCCAACUACCUGGUAUGCCUGGUGGUGGAUAUUGA